AUGGAGGUUUUUAAUUUUGGAAAAUAUAAUGGAAAGACUUUUCAAGAAGUUUUUGAAAAACACAAGUCAUAUGUUACAUGGGUUAAAAAUCUAGAUAAACCUACUGGUUCAUUAAUUCAAUUUAAAAACUAUAUACUACAAAGAGAAGGGGAAAGUAAUGAAACUGAUAAUAUGAUUGAUAUUAAUCUUAACAGUGAGCAACAUUCAAGCAAUAAUAAUACGCAUGAAAAUAAUACUAACUGUAGUAACUACUACGAAAGGGCGGGUUGUAAAUACAUCUCCUCCGCUGAUAAAAGCAGGAAUGGAAACUACAACAAUAAUUGUAGCAGUCGUAGUAAGAGUAACGGUAAGAAUAAUCAUAUCAUUAACCAUAACAUUAAUGGUAAUAGUAACAGUAACAGUAAUUGUAAGAGUAAUGAAAACAAUAAUGGGAAUGAUAAUAGGAAUAGUAUCAGUAGGAAUAAUGGCAGUAAUAGUAAUCUCAGUGGUGUUAAUGGGUGCAGUGAGGGGGAAAAGAUUGUAGGCAAGAUGAACAGCAGCGAAUAUAGAAAUUAUGAGCAGAACAUAAUGAAAGAAAUAAAUGAUCUUUAUAAUCAGAAAGAAGAGAAAGUAGAAUUAGAUAUAGUAGUUGCAUUUGAAAUAUUUAGUGGUGACAGCUUUAAAAUUGUACAAAAAGAUAAUAAUAGUAAUAGAAAAUUUAUAAAUUUUAAAAAUUUUGUUUCAAAAGAACUCUUUAAAAUUUUAUCUGAAUUUAAUCCUACUAUAAAAAAAGUGAAUAAUAACUCUUGUAUUACAUUUGAAUCAGAUAAAUAUGAAUACGUUUUAAAUAAUUUGAAAGAAAAGUGUACCAUAUUAGGGGGUGUACAGACUAUUCCUAAUUUUUUACUAAAAUGUUUUAAAAAUUAUUCUAAAUUUUCAGAACCUAAAAAAAUAUCAGAAAUUACUGCAAAUAUAUUAACGAAUACUUUAUGUGCAUAUACAAAAGAACAUUAUGACAAAUUAGAUGUGUUAAUAGGUGAAAAGUUAAAUGUAGAAUUAAAAAAUUUUCAAAGAGAAGGUGUUUAUUUUGGAUUAAAAAAAAAUGGAAGAGUAUUAAUAGGUGAUGAAAUGGGGUUAGGAAAAACAUUGCAGGCAUUAGCUUUGAUGGCUUUCUAUCAUAAAGAAUGGCCAUUUAUUGUCGUAUGUCCCUCUUCUAUCCGAUUUCAAUGGAAAGAUCAAGCUUUAAGAUGGCUAUCUCAUUUAAUACAUGAAGAACAUAUAUGUGUUGUUAAAAGUGGAAAAGCUGAAAUACCACGUCAUUGUAAGAUGAUCAUAAUUUCAUAUGAAUUAAUAACGAAAAAUGAUAAAUAUCAAAACAAGUAUAACUGCAUAGUUUGUGAUGAAUCUCAUUAUUUGAAAAAUUCUUUUUCGAAAAGAACAAAAGCAAUAACACCUAUUAUAAAAAAUGCUAAAAGGUGUGUUUUAUUGUCAGGUACUCCUGCAUUAAACAAACCCUCUGAGUUGUAUGAACAGGUGUCAAGUAUAAUUCCAAACCUGUUUAAUUAUAAUGAGUUUUGUGAAAGAUAUUGUUUUAAAGACAAAAAUAUAUAUACGAGGAAAAUUGAAUAUGUGGGAUGUAAACAUACUGAAGAAUUACAUUUAUUUUUAACCAAUACAAUUAUGAUACGAAGAUUAAAAAAAGAUGUAUUAAAAGAAUUACCUGAAAAAUUAAGGUCCAAAAUUCCUGUAGAAAUACCACCCAAAGAAUUAGGAGAAAUUUUAAAUUACUACAAAAAAUUAGAAACAAAGAAAAAUAUCAAUAUAGAUGAUUUUGAUGAUAUACAUCUAUCAAACUUAAACAAUUCCAAUUCGGGUAAUGGUGCAGAUGAUGAAAAUAUAUCCAUAUCUCAUUUGUUUAAGAUGACUGGAUAUGCUAAAGUUAAAGCAAUAAAAGAAUAUAUUUCCUAUUUAAUUGAUGCUGAUAUUAAAUUUUUACUAUUUUGUCAUCAUAAACUAGUAAUGGAUGAAAUAGAUCAAUUUUUAAAGGAAAAAAAAACCAUAUUCAUACGAGUGGAUGGAUUAACACCAAUAGAAAAAAGAGAAAUUUAUAUUAAAAGUUUUCAAAAUGAUGAAAAUGUGAAAAUCGCAUUAUUAUCUCUAACCGCAUGUGGAAUAGGUUUAAAUUUAACAGCAGCUAAUACUGUAGUAUUUGGUGAGUUGUAUUGGGUACCUGGUCAAAUUAUACAAGCAGAAGAUCGAGCACAUAGAAUAGGUACAUCUCAUGAAAAUGUGAAUAUUCAUUAUCUAAUUGCACAAAAUACUAUUGAUGAAAUUGUAUGGAAAAUUAUUAACAGAAAAUGGAAUACUUUAACUACUGCACUAAAUGGUAUGGAGGAUUCCCUAAAUGUAAAGGAAGUAAAUAAAUUUGAUAAGUUUAUGUUAGAUUUAACAAAUGAUACAAAUAAAUCAUAUCCAACUUCAUUAGUUAAUACCCCCAAGGUUAGAAGAAGAUCAUCUGAAUAUAAACCAUUUGAUAGUACAAAUCAAAAUAAAAAGGAUAGAGAUAUAAGGGACUUCUUCAAGUCUAGUGAUAAGUCUGUAGAAAAAUUAAGCGUUACAAAAUCUACCAAAAAAAGGUUACACGAAACACCUACAAAUGACUGUUCUUCAAGUAGUACCUCUCCAAACCUUUUAAGCAAGAAGUAUAAAACAGAGCUACUUUGA